AUUAACCCGCCCCCCUACACCCUCGAGACGCGUCGCCGUCCAAUUCGCUUUGGGUACGGCAGGAAAGAGCUGGACAUGCCAUUCCUGAACUCGCGGUGAAGUGUAUUUGAGUAGCCUCCCGCUUUCGCAGCGAUAAGAGCUUCUACCACCGGCGAGGCACGUCCGACACUGCCCACCUCCUCCUCAGCGCCCAACUCAACCACACGCUCCUUCUCCCCAGCACUAUCACCGUGCCCGCGCUCUCCUCUCCACGCCUGUCACCUACUCCUCUAGCCUUUUACCGGCCUGCAUCGCGGAAUGGGAUCGAUUGUAGUGAGCGACUUCGGUGGAAAUCACUUCCACAGCACCAUGUUUGGCGGCGGAAGUGGGCAUGCGCAGGCGCAGACACAAGAGUCGCCCGCUGUGCACCACCCCGUGCGGCCGUCGCCCUCAGCAAACCCGCAUCUACCAUCGCGGGUAGCGGCGCCCCCUGCAGACGUUCCAAUGGGCGGAACUGAAGCCCCACCAACCUCAACCACACCAGCACCACCUCCACCUCCACAGCAGCAUGAUGCCUCAGCGCCCACGUCGCAUCUUCGCACGCCUCAGCACGCAGCAGGAGUCCCGCCUCCCAGCCCGCGCGUCCAGCCCCAAUCACAGCAACCUACCCCGUCCGGCACCAUCGCUCGACCAGGGUCCUCCGCGGCACCAGUUGCUGCACAGCCAUCACCGGUGCAGUCGUUGCGUUCGUUAGCGGACUCCACUUCAGCCUCACCGCGGCGGAUAAAAGUUAAGAGCUUGUCGCACAUCCAGAGCUUCGCCAUCGAUGAUGCAAGCCCCUUCUCCCAGACCAGGUCGCUCUCGCGGCGGCAGCGGAGAGACCCCGCAGACAUUGGCCCCCAGUACGAGAUCAGCGAAAUGCCCGUUUCGGACAUCAUCGAAAUGGUGGCUGGUCUGUUGACAAAGAUCACUACCACAAACGAUCGACAACACGACCAUCUGCACCGCCAAAUACCACCGCCAGAAGGCACUGCAGGGCUGAGCCAGCAAACGACAAGCGUCUUAGCUUUCCAUGGCAAGAAUGUGCCCAGCAUAUCAAUUCUCAGCUAUCUCAGCCGCAUCCACAAAUACUGCCCCACCACCUACGAGGUGUUCCUAAGCCUGCUCGUCUACUUUGACAGGAUGACCGAGAGAGUGAACGCCGGGCCCAUGCUGAGUCUGCGCCAAGCGAACCAGCAGUCCCUUGAACGUGUGAAUGCUGCAGCAUCCGCCACUUCAACUGCCACGGCGACACCACAGUCACGGCCCGUCUCGGUGCAAGCAGCUACACCACCACCCUCUGGCUCGCUAGGCAAACAGACUGAUGCAUCAGUGCAAGGCAGCCAACCCCCCUCUCCGCCCCAGCAAGAUCUCGAGGCCGACCCAUACAAUCUCUCACACUUCUUCGUUGUCGAUAGCUUCAACAUUCAUCGUCUUGUGAUUGCGGGCGUCACCUGCGCGAGCAAAUUCUUUUCCGAUGUCUUUUACACCAAUUCGAGAUAUGCCAAAGUUGGUGGAUUGCCCUUGGUAGAGCUGAACCACCUCGAACUGCAGUUCCUUUUGCUAAACGAUUUCCGCCUCGCCGUACCGCUAGAAGAGAUGGAAGCAUACGGAACUAUGCUCGUCGAGUUUUAUGCUAGAGAGGUUGCCGAGCAACAUGAACGCGACACCGGAGGCAGACACUGA